AAACCAAGAGAGGAAACAGUUUUUUUUCCUCCUAGUACCACUCUCAGGCCAUUCCGAAGUCAUGGCUGACCACAACAAGGUUUUACCGCGUCCUCUUUUCCGCCGAGAUGUAAACUGGGAUCCUUUCCGUGAGUGGACACAGCCUAGCCGCAUGAUCAUGGAGCAGGACUUUGGCCUCCCUCCUUUCCUGGAUCCAGGCGAUGUGAGCUGGAUAGACUGGGCUAGGAGGAGACUGGCAUCAUCCUCCUGGCCAGGGUACACACGCCAUCCCCUCUUCACCCCCGGCACUGCUCCCCCUGCUGCGGUGGCACCCCAGACCUCAGCCAGACUUCAGAGACAACUGUCUGGAGGAGUGUCAGAGAUCAGGACAGGACAGGACAGCUGGAGGAUCACACUGGAUGUCAAUCACUUCUCACCAGAGGAGAUAUCAAUCAAAACCAAGGGGGGCUUCCUGGAGAUUACAGGUCAACAUGAAGAAAGGGAGGACGAACAUGGAUCAGUCUCAAGGUGCUUUACAAGAAAAUACAAGCUGCCCCCUGGUGUGGACUUGCAGCACGUCAGCUCAUCUCUGUCUGGUGAAGGGGUUCUCUUGGUAGAAGCACCCCUCCCAGGCUCAACCACCACCAUCCUCCCCAGUGACAUGGUCAUCCCCAUUCAGAUCAAGCACGAGUGUGAGGGGAAAGAGUGAAUCCAGUGAUCCAUUACAAUUAGAUGUAAAGCUUGGGGUAGAGCUUUAAAGCUGAUGUCGGCGUUGACAACUUUUGACAACAUUCUUUUGAAUUAAGCCUUGGUCAUUUAUGAUGACACACAUAGUGGCUUCUAUUGCUUUUGAAACACCAUCACUUUAUUUACUCUCACUCUAACUACGCGUGUGGCAUGUUUUUCUAUGUAUUAUGUUAAAUCAUUUCCCGCAAAGACUAGCAAAACCAAGAUAAACUGAAAAAUCAAGACUGUUGAAAUGUACUUUCUCAUUUGUCAAAUGAUAGAUUAUCUGGGAGUCAACAUGACCAUGCUUAAUAAAGCUGGAACAGUUCCUCAAAGCAUAUAUUUCAACGUGAUCUAUUUCUAUGAAUUGAAUCUCCUUUGAAUCAAAGCAAUAAACAAUCCAUGGCAAAAUGACACAUAUUGAGGAGGGCUGGAGGCUCUUAUGUAUGCGGUGUCUGUCUUUGUAUUAGAACUGCUGCCUGUGUACACGCAUUACUUACUCUAAAUUAGACCUGGAAGUAGUAGAACGUUUUAAAUUAGUCCAAACCAAAAUAACUACUGUGUAAAUACAGUAUAUAGUGAAGU